GCUCCUCCUCCCCGGGUCGACCAAGCCGGAGAGCACCCUUGCGCACAAAAAGCAAAGCAGAGCCUGUGUCAGUUGGGCAGCCACAGAACAGAAGAAACCGAACCACAACACAAACAAACACGCCAUGGUGAUGGAGGAGGCGAUGGACGGCGAGAUGAGCUUGUCCAACAUGGUGCUGGGCUUCUUCGAGGACUUCGAGAGGGAGCGGCGGCCGGAGGACGACGACGACGACGAGGGCUCCGGCGCCGGCGACGCCGCCGAGAGCAAGGCCUUCUGGCAGGCCCAACGCGCCCAGCUGCAUGAGGCCCUGGCCAAGAGCAGCUCGGCCGAGAGCAGGAUCCGCGCGGACACGGAGGCGGCCGUCGAGAGCAUGCGCGCCGCGGCGGGCGGUGCGGCCUGCUCCUGCUCCUGCUCCUUCACGGGCCGCCCCGCGGCCGCCGGGGACUGCCGGCGCUGCAUGCUCCGGCGCGUCGCCGAGCGGCUGCGCGACGCCGGGUACAACAGCGCGCUCUGCACGUCCAAGUGGACGCGCUCGCCGGACAUCCCUUCAGGCGAGCACAGGUACGUGGACGUGGUGGUGCAGACGAGGAGCGGCAAGGCGGUGCGCGUGGUGGUGGAGCUCAGCUUCCGCGCCGAGUUCGAGGUGGCGCGCGCCGGCGCGGAGUACCGGGCGCUGGUGGCCGCGCUGCCCGAGGUGUUCGUCGGCCGGGCCGACCGGCUGCGCGCCGUGGUCAAGGCCAUGUGCGCCGCGGCCAAGCAGUGCAUGAAGGAGAACAACAUGCACAUGGGGCCCUGGAGGAAGCACAAGUACAUGCAGGCCAAGUGGCUCGGCACGCCCGAGCGCACGGCGGCGGCGCCGCCGCCGGUGGUUCCCCCGGUGACGGUUGGCUCGCCGGAGAAGCCGACCAAGUUCAGGGCGUCCAUGCUGACCUUCGACUUCAGCCGGACGGCGGUGGAGGUUGUGUGAUGACAGCGUGACGUGCGUACAGCGAGGAUUGUUACCGCGGAGCUCCAUGUUCAUUACAGUUGUAGUGUACCCCGGACUUUAGGUUUUUUGUCAGGAUCCAGAACUUCAGAAUGUUGAAUUGGUAGCCAAUCGAGCCGAUUUAGUAUAAGCUUGUGACAUAGUAUCAUUCGAUACCCGUCACUGUAGAGAAAACGCAAGUUCUGAAUUUUCUGAAUAUGUCACUGAGGAAUUAUUCUUGUUGCAAGGGAAUAAAACUGAGCUUCACUUGCACUGAUAAA